AUGUACUGCACCAUAUAUGCUGUCAUGCAAAACAACGAGGUCAAGGCGUCCAUCGCCAACUUCUGGUUUCGGUCAUCAUUGGUCGUUAGUUCUUCGGCAACUACUGCGUCAGUCUUUGUCUAUGGAUGGAGCUGGCAAGCCAGUGCCGCUUUAAGUUUUAUUUCUGCUUUUUCCCAGCUAAUUCCUGCGGGACAGUUGGCGGCAAGUCUGGGCUCAGAUGACCUGAAGAAAAAGCUGCGAAAACGUGCGACACUUAAUCUAGAGGAAGGCCACACUGACUAG